AUGCUGGUACCCAAGGUUGAGAGAGCUGGUGAGAUGGACGGCCCCACAUCACCCCUGCCCUCCUGUCCCACCAAGACCAGGCAGAAGCAAUGGCUGGAAGCACUGGGCACCCUCCACUAUGUGUUGGCUGUAAUAAUUCUAGGCCCUUUCUCUUGCGUUCUUCUCUUCCUCUUCCUCUUCACACAGCUCUGGCCUCUCACUGUUCUCUAUCUGAUGUGGCUCUACCUGGACCGGGACACCCCCAGCCAAGGGGGAAGGCGGUGGAAGUGGCUAAAGAAGUGGUCGAUAUGGAAACACCAAAGGGAUUAUUUUCCUAUCAAGCUGGUGAAGACGGCAGAGCUGCCACCCAACCAGAACUACGUGCUGGGAUCCCACCCCCACGGGAUCAUGUGCAUGGGAAUGGUCUGUAAUUUCAUAUCAGAGUGCAAUGAUUUCUCCCGCCACUUCCCAGGGCUCCAGCCCUGGAUAACCACGCUCGUUGAAUUCUUCUACCUUCCAGUCUUCCGUGACUACCUCCUAGCUGCUGGACUGCGACCUGUGAGCCGUCACAGCCUGGACUUUGUCCUGUCGCAACCUCAGCUGGGUCAAGCAGUGGUCAUCGUCAUCGGGGGAGGCCAGGAACUUUUGUCUACCUCCCCUGGGCAGCACUGCCUCAAACUCCUGAAUCGCAAAGGCUUUGUACGCCUGGCACUGAGACACGGAGCUUCUCUGGUGCCCACAUACUCCUUUGGAGAGAAUGAUAUUUUUGAAACUAAGACUUUUCCUGAAGGCUCCUGGCUGAACCUCUGCCAGGUGGUCCACAAGAGGAUUAUCGGUUUUUCUCCCUGCAUCUUCUGGGGCCGGAGUUUCUUCUUGCCCAACUCCUGGGGUCUGCUGCCACAUCCCAGGCCCAUCACCACUGUGGUGGGCGCCCCCAUCCCCGUGCCCCAGCUCAGCACACCCACUGAGGAGCAGGUUGACCACUACCACAGACUCUACAUGGAGGCCCUGGAGCGACUGUUUGAGGAGCACAAGGAAAGCUGUGGCAUUUCAGCCUCCAGCCACCUCACCUUCCGCUAGGCCUAUGACAUGGAAACCAAUGGCAUAUGGGCAAAAAUAAAAUUCACAUGCAGGACAUGGUGGUGCCAUUGCAUGAAACUAAUUUUCAUGGGGACAUCAAUGUCAGGAAAACAUAAGAAUGCUGAGAAGAAAGGGCACAAAGCCUGCUGGUUGUUAACAGUUCAGGACAUUCCUGGGAUUUAUAUUGUCAAACUUCACUGCUGAGUGUUUGCCUCUUACACCAUUGCUCUGUAAGAUGGAGACUAAGGGAAGAUCAAUGCCCAGCCAGUGGCCAAGCUCCUGUCCUCUGGAGUUAAUAAAAGCUACUUCCUUUCCACAAGUGGCUAGCGAGUCUCUGGUGGUCAAUUUCUGUAACACCUGA